CUCCCCUUGACUGAGAUAAGCACUCCUGUUGCCGGCGGAGCAGAGAGCAUGGUGAAACAUCAUUUCAAAAUGUCCUUCAUGAAGAACAGCACUGAGGUGAAUGAGUUUAGACUCUUGGGACUGACGGAUGCCCCAGAGUUGCAAGUCCCCCUGUUUAUAAUAUUCACGUUCAUAUAUCUCAUCACUCUCACUGGAAAUCUUGGGAUGGUCACGCUGAUUCUGUUGGACUCUCGGCUCCACACCCCCAUGUAUUUUCUCCUCAGCAACCUCUCUCUGGUGGAUUGUGUUUACUCCUCAGCUGUGACUCCCAAGGUGAUGGCUGGGCUUCUCACAGGAGAUAAGGUAAUCUCCUACGGGGGAUGUGUUGCUCAGAUGUUCUUCUUUGUGGCCUUUGCCAGUGUAGACUGUUUUCUCCUAGCUGUUAUGGCCUAUGAUCGGCAUGCCGCCGUGUGUAAGCCUCUACAUUACGCCAGCACUGUGACCCCCAGUGUGUCUGCUCAGAUGGUCAUGGCCUGCUAUGUCUGGGGCUUUGCUGAGUCUGCCAUCCACACUGGAUUCACCUUCCGCCUCUCCUUCUGCUGUUCCAAUGUGGUCCACCACUUCUUCUGUGAUAUUCCUCCAAUCCUGGCUCUUUCCUGCUCGGAUAUCUAUGUAAAUGAGGUGGUGCUCUUUAUUCUAGCAGCUUUCAAUGUCUUUUUUGCCCUGAUGGUAAUUGUGAGUUCCUAUCUGUUCAUAUUCAUGGCCAUCCUGAGAAUGCACUCAGCGGAGGGACGGAAGAAAGCCUUUUCCACCUGUUCUUCUCACCUCACUGCUGUCAUCAUCUUCUAUGGAACUGUGAUUUUCAUGUACUUACAGCCAAGUUCUAGUCAUUCUAUGGAUACCGACCAGAUGGCAUCUGUGUUCUAUACAAUAAUUGUCCCCAUGUUGAAUCCUCUCAUCUAUAGUCUAAGGAAUAAAGAGGUUAGUAAUGCUUUCAGGAGAGCCAUUAAGAAGAUGAAGCUUCUGUUCAGUACAUAG